AACAUAAAUAAAAUGAAAAUAGCAAGUAGCAACACAUGAAAACGAGCUGUCAAAAGUAGUUUGGCUGUAUAUUCAUGGGUGUCGAGUUUCUUUGAAUAAAUUCAAUAAUUUUUUUAAUUCUUCUGAUUCUAUCAAUUAUGAGUGUUGUGAAAAUGGUAUAGAUAAGCUUCUGUCUGUAAAAACUACUACUUACAGGCCUUGCACGUCUCCGUGUAAACAAAUCCAAAAUGUCCGUUCCUACAACAGGAUUGAGUAAAUUGAAAAAGAAACAUAUUCGUGUGAAACACCAGAAAGUGAAAUUAUUCCGUGCUAAUGAACCUUUACUCUCUGUUUUUAUGUGGGGUGUUAAUCACACGAUUAAUGAACUAAGCCAUGUCUCAAUACCUGUUAUGUUACUUCCUGACGAUUUCAGGGCAUAUUCUAAACUUAAAGUUGAUAACCAUUUGUUUAAUAAAGAAAACAUGCCAUCACACUUCAAAGUAAAGGAGUACUGCCCUCUCGUCUUCAGGAAUCUGCGAGAGAGAUUUGGAAUAGAUGACCUUGAUUAUAAGGAGUCAUUGACUAGGUUUAGAAAACCAGAUAACUACCUCCGUUCGAGAGCCAGGCAGAAGUAUAUUAAUAAGCUGCGACGUUCGGCCACAGCGCCUUCUGGUGUUACGGAGAUGAGGAAUGGACAAGAGAGCUUCCGAGAUGCUUGCGAUCUGCUCAAAUAUGGCCUGAGUAUGAAUUUGAGGCUGAGGUCGCAGCCGAUACCAGAUGAAUCCUCGGGAAAGUCCGGCGCCAAGUUCUAUCAAAGUUAUGAUAGGCUCUUCAUCCUGAAAACGUUGACUUCCGAGGAGGUGGAACGGAUGCAUUCAUUCCUUAAACAUUAUCACCCGUAUAUUGUGGAGCGUCACGGCAAGACUCUUCUGCCCCAAUACCUUGGCAUGUACCGGCUGACUGUGGACGGUAUUGAACAUUAUCUAGUCGCAACGAGGAAUGUUUUCUCCAACCACUUAAAUAUACACAAAAAAUACGAUCUGAAAGGGUCGACAGUGGAUCGUGAGGCAUCGGAGAAGGAGUUGGAGAAAGACUUGCCAACUCUCAAAGACAACGAUUUUAUAAAACAAGGUGUUAGGAUCGACAUCGGAGACGCUGCGAAGGAAAAAUUGUUGGAGACACUUACAGCUGACGUUGAGUUCCUCACAAAACUCCAUCUGAUGGACUAUUCCCUUCUACUUGGAGUACACGAGUGUGGACGAGGCGAAGCGGAAGCCGAAGCAGCGCGACAAAAGGAAGCCGAGAACGACACAGAGAAUGAUUCCGAGUCUGACAGCGAUACUGACAAUCGCCAUGACAGAUGGGGCUUUAACACACCACCAGAUAGUCCGCGAGGCUUUGGUCGUCAGUCCUCCCUGCGGUAUGAGGGCAUCAUACCGGAACUGGAUAUCUACGCCAUACCCAGCCAAGAAGGCGCACCAAAGAAAGAAAUUUACUUCGUGGCCCUAAUUGAUGUCCUCACUCAUUAUGGUGUUAGAAAACAGGCGGCAAAAGCGGCCAAAACGGUAAAGUACGGCAGCAAUGUUGACGGCAUAUCGACCUGUGACCCCGAACAGUAUGGGAAACGCUUCAUCGAGUUCGUAGCUAAGGCCAUCGAAGGGAACUAAGUACAACGUCGGUAAUUUGUGCCUCUUUUAGUGCCAAUGGGCAGGCUUCAGUACGAGAAACCCAUAUUUCAAAACUUCAAUGUCAGCCUUCAUAAUACAAAUGUAAUCUAUGUACUAUGUAUUUUGGCGAAAUAUGUUUACUUUAAAACUGUUUACCACAUAUACGAUCAGAUUUAUCGUGAUGAUGCGCUCUACAGAGUUUAAUUAAUUACACAAACAAAACAUUACAUUAUUUUAAUUAGAAUCACAGUUGAUUCUUUUAUUUAAAGAUUAUUAUUGAUUAGAUAUUAAAGAUUAUUGUAUUUUUAUUAUUUAUAGUUUUGCUAGAAUUUUUGUUAGGUUCCAGAUGGUAGGGAAGUUAUCAGGGUGUAGGUUAACUGACUGAGCACUAAAAGAGGUAUGAUCUUUUUCAACCAAAUAUCUAAAUUGGGUAUGUCUUAGGAAGUGUUGCCUAAUAAAGCUUCAAAAAAGAUAAAUAAUUUAUAACUUCUAGUUAGAAAGUUAUUUUUAAAUACGUGAGGCUGUUUCUAAUUAAUUGUUAGUAGUAUUUUUGAGUGAGAAAUACUGCCUACGCACAGUUGCGCUAAUAAGUUACAUAUUUUAAAAAUUUUGCCCAUGUCACGUGAUACUAUUAACUUUGACUUAUUUUCGAUAAUUGUGAGAA